AUGGCUUCAGAAGGCAGUGGUGGUGGAAAGCCGUUCUGGAGUGACUAUGAGGACACGGUGGAUCGAGACGGCAUUCCCCACUACACCGGAGCAUCACCAGCUCUGAUGAAGGAGUACACCAGGCGAGUGAAGUUCGCUUUCCAUGGCUUGGAGGGCGAGGGAAAAGACGAAGAAGCUGAAGCAGCUGACCUUUUGAAGAAGCAGAUGAGGUUCGGCCGCCGCCUGAUAGAUGCUCUUCAUGGAGAAGCAUGGCGUGCUGUGGAGCACCUGGUGAUGCAGCCGGAGAAGUUGAAGAAGAAGGACGGCUAUGAGGAGGUCCUCAACGCCUUGGGAUCAAUUGAGAAAGAAGGCGUGAUCCGCAAGACAGAGGCCUUCGACAAGUUCUUCGAAUCAACUCGCCGAGCUCGCAGUGAAGCAAUUGAUGCCUACUUGCGCAGCAAGAACCAGGCCUGGAGGGAUCUAUGUGACUUGGAUGAGACGUCAGCGAUGUCAAAAGACCUGCUGUCCUACUUCGUGCUCAAAGGCUGCAACCUGAGCCGUGAAGACCGCAGAUCGAUCUUGCUGGCCAACAAGUCCACCUAUGACCAGGCCGGGAUCGAGCAGUCGCUUCGGGUGAGCUUCCAUGAUCUUCAUGAACGUGAGAAGCAAUCUGGAUGGCGAGAUGAUCGCAAGAAGCCCAUGAAGAAGCGAUACUAUGCCAAUGAGGUCCACGAUGGAGAGUCUCCGGAUGAGGACGACGUGAUGAUGGUCUACUACCACAACGACUCUGAGUAUGACGAAGAGGACCUGGCGGAAGAGGCCUACUACCAUGGUGAAGAUGAUGAUGCCGCCUAUGUGACCAUGGAGAAGGGCCGACAAGCCUACAAAGAUGCCCGGAAGAAGCUUCGGGAUGUGCAGAAGAGCCGUGGCUUCUACCAGAAUGGCAAUUGGAGCAGCCGAGACCAGGCCAAGGAGAAGGAGAAGAGCAGGUCGCGCUGUGCGGCUUGUGGCCACAUUGGCCAUUGGGCAGGUGACAGCGUAUGUCCAAAGUCAUCUGCAGGAGUUGGUCCGAAGAAGGGCAAGGGCAGAGGCAAGAGUCAAUCGAAAGGCAAGAAGAAGUCCAAAGGUGGAGCCUAUGCUGCAGCACCGUGCCCCAUGCUGUUUUCCUUGGAGGAUCCGGAUGAUGGAUUUCAAGAUGAAGAAGGACACAGCUUCAUGGUGCACACUGGUCCCAACGAUGACGUUGAUGCCAAUGACAUGCAGCAGGAUGAGGGCCACACCUUCACUGAUGACCGCCCCAAAGUCUCAGCUGGAUCCUCCUCAGCUGACUGGGAGACCGUGACUGAGCCGCCCAUGCCUGGAUCUGACCGACCUGCUGGCUCACGCCCUUUUGAGGUCUUGGCACCUGAUGGUCCUUGGGAGUCAUCGACCAAGCAAGGUCGCUUUGUGGAGGAAACCCAGGAGGUUAUCAAGCCGACCAUGCUGGCCAAGAUCGAAGUGAGGGAAGUCAGCUCUUUCGCAGAGGUUCGCCCUAGCAACAUGGAGCAGAUGAAGGCCUACCAGUUGCAAGGUCUCUGUGAGAAAUGGGGCAUCCAGACGGGUGGUGCCAAGAAGGAUUUGCUGAUGAGGAAGAGCCAUCGACUUAUGGAUCUAUGGCUGGAUCUGCACCGGCGACACCACUUCGUCCUGAACCUGGCGGACCACGGCCGUGUCCCCAACGAGGCUAUCAUGGAGUUGCUGAGUCGCCUGGGGUGCCACCGAUGCCAAAAGGUGGGCAGAAUCGAUCGCCGUCAAUGGGCUCUUCGUCUAAGGCGCUUGGGGCGUCGGCAAAAGCAUCAGGGCUGCGCCCAAUUCUGGCGAUGGAUCUGGAGAUUGGCAAGCCUUUGUAUGGCCUGCAGUGUUGUAACUGCGGUGCGCCUAUGGUUGCAAGACAGACCCGAGGAGAUGGCAGCCUUUUCUUCUCGUGUGCUCAAUGGCCGAACUCGAGAUGCAGCUUCACCAGACCGCUGCAAGAUGGGCUGGACAUCAUCAAUGGCAGAAUCCCUGAUGUCCGCCACCCGAGAAGCCCUGCUCGCAGCUUGGCGGGCAACUGAGAAGUCAAGAAAGCUGCUGGCAGUCAGCGCAUUUUGCGCCUACAUGACUGCAGAGGAGAAUUCAACGGAGCAUGAACCUUGCGAACUGUUGCAUGCCGACCAUGAUGGGUCGACCUUUGAAAUGGUGGCGAAGACACACCAUGAAUUAGAAGAUGGCAAUGGUGGAGGUGAAGGCCGAAUGGCUUUGGUCGACACAGCUUGCACGAGCUGUAUGCAUUCAAAGGCUUGGAGGAUUGCAUACUCCAAGGCACUGCCUGAGGGGUACCAGUGCGAGAAAACCGAGCGCACCAAGCUCUUCCAUUUUGCAGAUGGCUCCAACACUGGGAGCACCAUUCACCUGUGGAGAAUUCCAUUGUUCAUGGGUGAUCGUCCAGAAUCGUCCAGAGCUGAGGUUGAAACGGGCACCACUCCUUUGCUUCUCUCUAUUCCUGCCUUGAUAGCCCUGGAUGCUGUGAUUCACAUGCGGGAGAAGCGCAUCAACCUGAGGUCUCUUGGAGUGGAACUGCCGUUGAGAGAAACUAGAACCAAGCACCUGGCCAUGAUGGUUAGCUACAACCCCUGUUUGGGCAUUGCCAAAGAUGUGGAAGGGUCCCCCAAAGCAACUUCCAUCAAUCAAGACCUUUUUGUUUACUACAGCGAGGAGGCAAGUCUUCCAGUUUUGACUGAUGAGCCAAUGGUUGAAGUCCCGGUGAGCGAGGACUAUGCGGCAGACUGCUCACCGCCUCAGUUGGGGCAAGGGGCAUUCGAAAAGAUGACGACAUGGGCAGCUUUGAGCAAGCACUACUCCUUGGCGGAGCAGGCGGCAACUAAGGGCUUUAGCACUACUGUUUUGUUUGAGCCUUUUGGAGGCCACUUUGGAGUGACGAGGACUGCCUCAAGGGAGUUCAAUUGGACGAACUCUCAACCAUUGGAUCGGCUGGAUGGCUAUGACCUUUUAUCACCUGCCGGUGAGGAGCUUCUUUUUCGAGUGCUGGACGAGCACGACCCUGUUUGUGUGCUCAUUGCGUUUGACUGCAGGCUCUGGUCUUUGCUCAACAACGUAUGUCCUGGAGGUGAUUGGGAACAUCUUCGCAAGACCAUUGGCCUGAAGACUCUGCGUUUGGUGAAACGCAUUUGUGAGCACCAAUGGAAAAGAGGCCGAUACUUUGUGGUGGAGAACCCCGCGACCAGCGUGGCUUGGAGAUACCACAGAAUCCUCACUCAGAUUUUGGAGAAGUUUGAUGGAAAGUAUGUGAUCUGCGAUCAAUGCAGGUAUGGUCAACGAGAUUCGGAAAGUGGAAAGCUGAUCCGCAAACCAACUGGCUGGCUUUCCAAUUCUGCUGCAUGCUACCCACCAGCUCUAUGUCGAGCUAUUUGCAAAGGUCUGUUACAGACCAUGGAGCUGGACUAUGCCGGUCUUAGUGCUCAGGGUGAUUUGGCUUACGCCAACCUUUCAGAAUCCGAUGCCGAGGGAGAGAACAUGGAGGGUGAAGAGCCCAUGGAUGGUGACUAUUGGAUCAUCGAAGGCAAUGAGGUGAUCCGAGUUCAUGUGAUUCCACAGAGGCAUUUGUUUGUCCCUUUGGCCACCACCGGGGUUCCUGUUCCUGUGAAAUCCCUAGCAGAAGCGAGGUCGACAGAGGCCCACUUUGUCAAUGGUGAUCCUCCUGAGUAUGUGAUGGAUGACUGGACGCAGGCCAGUGAGGCCCAUGCUGAACUUCCAAGUCUAUGGGUUGGCCGCACCAGCUUCAUCUUUGCCUUGCCGACACAGCCUGAAGAGCAACCAGCUCAAGCUUGGCGCUGA